CUGGAAAUCAGCGAGUCGGUGGCCGCCGGAGCUCGCUUCCCGCUAGAGAGCGCGCAAGACCCCGAUGUGGGGAUUAACUCUUUGCAGACCUACCAGCUCAGCCUCAAUCCCCACUUUGCGCUCGACGUGCAGACGAGGGUGGAUGGCAGCAAGUAUGCGGAGCUGGUGCUAGAAAAAGAGCUAGACAGGGAGGAGCAACGGGAGUUGCACUUGGUCUUGACCGCACUGGAUGGAGGCAGCCCGCCACGGUCGGCCCAUGUGCAGAUCCACAUUGAUGUCGUGGAUGCCAAUGAUAAUGCCCCAGUCUUCAACCAGUCCACCUACAAAGCAAGUGUGAGGGAGAACACGCCCAGUGGUACCCUGGUUGCCAGGAUCAGUGCGUAUGAUCUUGAUGAUGGGCCCAAUGGAGACAUCAUCUAUUCCUUCAGCAGCCACACACCCGCCAAGGUACGAGAACUCUUUGCUCUGGACUUGGCCACAGGGGAGUUGAGGGUCAAGGGACAGCUGGACUAUGAAGAAACAAAGCUGUACGAGAUUUACUUACAGGCUAAAGACAAGGGUGCUGUUCCUGGUGUGGCUCAUUGCAAAGUGCUGGUGGAAGUUUUGGAUGUGAAUGACAAUGUCCCAGAGGUGACAGUGACUUCUGUGUACAGCCCUGUGCCUGAAGAUGCAGCCCCAGGGACGGUCGUAGCUCUGCUGAGUGUAACCGACUUGGACUCACAUGACAACGGUCUGGUGAACUGCUUCAUUUCCCCUGUGAUCCCGUUCAUGCUCAGCUCCUCCCUCAGAAAUUACUACACAUUGAAAACAAAAGCAGCUCUAGACCGGGAAAAGGCAUCGGAGUAUAACAUCACUGUCACAGCCAAGGAUUCAGGCUCACCACCCUUGUCUGUGGUAAAACAGAUACUCGUGCAGGUAUCAGAUGUCAAUGACAAUGCGCCCAAGUCUUCCCAGGACUCAUACGAUGUGUAUGUGCUGGAGAACAACAUGCCUGGCAUUCCCAUCCUUAAUGUCAGUGCCACAGACCCAGACCUUGGGCGCAAUGCCCAUCUCUCCUAUGCCCUCUUGCAGGGUGACUCCAAUGUAGGCCACCUCUUCUCUAUCAACCGGGAGAAUGGCACCCUCUACUUGCUCACCUCCCUGGACCAUGAGGACCAGGUGGAGUUCAGCAUGACGGUGCAGGUCCAGGAUGGUGGCUCUCCACCUCUGGCCACUAAUGUCUCGAUCAGUGUGUUUGUCACUGACCUCAAUGACAAUGCCCCAACUGUGCUGUACCCUCACCCAAACACCAAUGCCACCUAUACUGAGGUGGUGGCACCAGGCACUCCUGCUGGGCACAUGGUCACCAAGGUGGUGGCGGUGGAUGCAGAUGCAGGGUACAAUGCCUGGAUCUCAUAUACCCUGUUGCAGGCCACUGACCCCAGCCUUUUCUCAGUUGGGCUGCACAACGGGGAGAUCUUCACAGCCCGCCAGCUCCAGGAGGAUGAUGCUCUGCAGCACACGCUAGUCAUCCUGCUCAAAGACCAUGGGGAGCCUGUGCUGUCUGCCACUGCCACUGUCUCCAUCUCUGUGGCUGAGGUGGUCAAGGAGGUGCUCACUGACCUCACUGAAGUGUCACCUGUCAACGAUCCCAAGAGGCAUGUGACCUUCUAUCUCAUCCUGGCUGUGAUUUUGGUGUCAGCAGCUUUCUUCAUCACCAUGUUGUCAGUAGGCAUUUUCAAAUGCUACAAGUGGAGACAGUCCAAGGAGCUGUACAACAGUUCCAGGAGCACCCUGUACAGGACACCUGGGCCCUUCCACCACAUUGAUGCCGUGCGGGGUGGUUUCAUGCCACCCAACUUGUACCACCAGGUCUAUCUCACCACAGACUCUCGCCAGAGUGAUGUCCUGUGUAAAAAGCCCUUCGCUUCCAGCCCUCUGGGGAGCCACCAGAGCACCUUAAGGAAUGGUGAGCCAGGGUUGUACCACCAGAUCGUGGGCACUGCCAGCCGUCUCCCCACACCUGCUGAG